AUGGCGGGAAAUUUGGUGCUGUACAAACUGGUCGUGCUUGGAGACGGUGGCGUGGGCAAGACGGCCUUGACCAUCCAGUUGUGUCUGCAGCACUUUGUCGAGACUUAUGACCCUACCAUUGAGGACUCGUAUCGGAGGCAGUCCGUCAUAGACGACCAGGCGUGCAUGCUCGAAGUGCUGGACACGGCUGGGCAAGAGGAGUACACAGCACUGCGAGAUCAGUGGAUCCGAGACGGCGAGGGCUUCAUCUUAGUGUACAGUGUCUCGUCGCGGUCGUCCUUUUCACGCAUCAAGCGCUUCCACCACCAGAUCCAAAGAGUCAAGGAGUCGACGGCGGGGUCGCCGUCGUACCCGGGGUCGCCCAUCGCCUCGGUCAGUCCAUCGGCACCCGUACCCAUCAUGCUUGUGGGCAACAAGAGCGACCGCAUUGCCGAGCGCGAGGUGUCGACCCAGGAAGGCCACGCUCUCGCGCGCGAGCUGGGGUGCGAGUUCGUCGAGGCGUCGGCCAAGAACAACGUCAACGUUGACAAAGCGUUCCACGACGUGGUUCGGAUCCUACGGCGGCAGCGACAGGCGGCAUCCCGGCCGCUUCCUCCCUCGGGCGGCAGCAAAUAUGAGAGGAGGGGAGAGACCAGCCCGCAGCUGGGAGAAUCUAGACGCUAUCGACGCAAAGACAACCGAUGUGUCGUAUUAUGA